UCAGCACAGAGCGUCCCAUUGCGUCAUUUAAAUUCUUAAACACGGUCUUCACCAUAGUACGGUUUGUAAACUCCAUCUCGACCACAGUGUGUGUGUGUCAGCGGACGGUCAGAGAGACGAGGGCAGGCAGGCAGCUCCCUUUCAGCCUUUUCUAAACACGUACAUUCCUCAUUAUGGCGGCCACGGAUGUAGACAUAUUUUCUAAUGAAGAAAAGAGAAACCUCAGCCUUGGCGGUCAUGUUGGCUUUGACAGUCUGCCCGAUCAGCUGGUCAGUAAAUCAGUGACUCAGGGUUUCUGCUUCAACAUCCUCUGUGUGGGUGAGACGGGCAUCGGUAAGUCGACAUUAAUGAACACCCUUUUUAACACCAUGUUUGAAAAUGAGGAGGCCAGCCAUUACCAAAACGGUGUUUACCUGCGGCCCAGAACAUACGACUUGCAAGAGAGCAACGUCCACCUAAAACUGACGAUCGUCGACACGGUGGGCUUCGGGGACCAGAUCAACAAAGAAGAAAGCUAUAAACCCAUUGUGGACUAUAUCGACACACAGUUUGAAAACUACCUGCAGGAAGAGCUGAAAAUAAAGCGUUCUCUAUUCAAUUACCACGACACCAGAAUCCACAUCUGCCUCUACUUCAUCGCUCCUACGGGACACUCGCUCAAGUCCUUGGACUUAGUCACCAUGAAGAAGUUGGACAGCAAGGUGAACAUCAUCCCUAUUAUUGCUAAAGCUGACACGAUUUCCAAGAGCGAGCUACACAAGUUCAAGAUCAAGAUCAUGAGCGAGCUGGUCAGCAACGGAGUUCAGAUCUACCAGUUUCCCACAGACGACGGAGCAGUGACCGAAAUCAACUCCUCUAUGAACGCCCAUCUUCCCUUUGCUGUGGUGGGCAGCGUGGAGGAGGUGAAGGUGGGGAACAAGGCGGUGAGGGCCAGGCAGUAUCCCUGGGGGGUCGUUCAAGUGGAGAACGAGAGUCACUGUGAUUUCGUAAAGCUGCGGGAGAUGUUGAUCAGAGUGAACAUGGAGGAUCUGCGAGAACAGACUCACGCCAGACACUACGAGCUCUACAGACGCUGCAAACUAGAAGAGAUGGGCUUCAAAGACACCGACCCAGACUGCCAGCCUUUCAGUCUACAGGAGACAUAUGAAGCCAAAAGGAAGGAGUUUCUUGGAGACCUGCAGAAGAAGGAAGAGGAGAUGCGGCAGAUGUUUGUGAACAAAGUGAAGGAGACGGAGGGCGAGCUGAAGGAGAAGGAGAGAGAGUUACAUGAGCAGUUCGAGCAGCUGAAGCGCAUACACCAGGAGGAGAAGAGGAAGGUGGAGGAGAAGAGACGGGAGCUGGAGGAGGAGAUGAACGCCUUCAACCGGAGGAAGAUGGCCGCCGAGACCCUCUCACUCUCUCAGCCCCUCAAGAAGGACAAAGACAAGAAGAACAGGUCGGUAAAAACAGAGAACCAAUCAGGCGCCAGCUUCUCCAGCUCCAAAGUGAUGAUGGCCAAAGCCAAUAUGGAGCCCUUGAACUGCCAGAGCUGGUGGCAGGCCAUGCAGUGCUGCAGCUGUCUGGUCCACAGCGACGCCUGGAGGAAGGGUCUCUUCUGAGGAAGCCUGGACAUCAGCAGGCCGUGGAACUGAUGGAGAACAACCAACCACUUAACCAACAGAGACCACCUAAUCACUGACAGAGGCCAGGGUCUUUCUGUGCAAGAGCGGGCCGUCUUCAAUAGUCUCC